AUGAUAUGGAGGGGAUUGGAACACCUGAGUCACAUGAUUCGGAGGGGAUUGGAACACCUGAAUCACAUGAUAUGGGGGGAUUGGAACACCUGAAUCACAUGAUAUGGGGGGGAUUGGAACACCUGAAUCACAUGAUUGGGAGGGGAUUGGAACACCUGAGUCACAUGAUUCGGAGGGGAUUGGAACACCUGAAUCACAUGAUAUGGAGGGGAUUGGAACACCCGAAUCACAUGAUAUGGAGGGGAUUGGAACACCCGAAUCACAUGAUAUGGAGGGGAUUGGAACACCUGAAUCACAUGAUAUGGAGGGGAUUGGAACACCUGAAUUACAUGAUUGGGAGAGGAUUGGAACACCUGAAUCACAUGACAUGGAGGGGAUUGGAACACCUGAAUCACAUGACAUGGAGGGGAUUGGAACGCCUGAAUCACAUGACUGGGAGGGGAUUGGAACGCCUGAAUCACAUGAUUGGGAGGGGAUUGGAACGCCUGAAUCACAUGAUAGGGAGGGGAUUGGAACACCUGAAUCACAUGAUAUGGAGGGGAUUGGAACACCUGAAUCACAUGAUAUGGAGGGGAUUGGAACACCUGAAUCACAUGAUAUGGAGGGGAUUGGAACACCUGAAUCACAUGAUAUGGAGG